AAGGACUGAAAUGUGAGGUGCGUCGGCAUGUCACUCGGGCGCUUGCAUCCCCCGUAUUGCAUCCACGUCGUGCUGGACAUCAUGUGUUUUGCUCUUCCACCGCCUCGACGCGCAUAUCCAGUUCUGUCCAAUCCUGUACAGUACGAGCACGCACAAGAACAGCUCACCGGUGCAGCAGCAGCAGCUGCUGGGCCUAUGCAGAUCAUUUACCGCCAGAUUGAAGCGUUCUGGCGCGCCGCCGCGAGAAUCAAUCCGGAUUUGCUGCAUGCCGUCCUCCGGGGCAACUCGGCAGAAUUCCUGGGCGGUGCUUCAACUGAGACACGCAUAUUCUUACUCUAUGCAGCUCAAGCAGGAUUAUUAGUUGGUGCAUACAGCAAGAAAGGCAUUGCAUCAAUGUCUCUCAAUCAUACUGGACAUUAUGACUGCACAGUGCUAGCUUGGUUCGCUUUCGCUUCCGCCAAGAGGCCCCAAAUAGCAGCCCGUAAAAACUGGCGAUCGGUCAUGGCCCUGUCUUGGGCCCCCGGGAGAUGCAUCCAGCUGCAACUAUUUGUUGCCAGUACGAGUAAAUAGUUACCGUCUCCAUCGUAUUACCGCCCAGGCGAUGCUACGAUACAUUGGAGCCAGUCGCGGGAGGCGGCAAGACG